AUGGGCUCGGCAAAGAGACCAAAAAGUGAAAGAGCAGGCGAAGCUGCCAGUACACGUCAAAAACCAACAGCUAUGGGCACGUGGGUUGGACAUCUUCUUAAGAAGAUCCUCGGCCAAGGCCAUCAUAAACAGUCUCAGGCCGACGAAGAAGGCAACGGGUUCGUACUCGACAACUGGGGACGACCUGUUCCAGUGUCGCCGAGGGGGAACUUGCCUUGCUUGUUUUUCUAUUCGGAGUGCAGACGAGGCAGCGAACAUAUCUACGAUGCUCCCGCGUUUAACCCUGCGAUACACGGUAAUCCGUACCCUCAAGGCAACGGACAAGCACGGUGA